CUCGAUUCUUGCAAUCCCGCGUGCAGCCAUGAGGCACCUACUGGUCUCCGCCUUGUUGCUGGCUGCCGUAGUCGCAGUCCGAAGUGAAGCCACCCAAGAGAAGAAACAUGAGAAGAGAGGCAUCCUGAGUGGCAUCGGAGGCGGCUACGGAGGCGGAUACGGAGGCGGCUACGGAGGCGGCUAUGGAGGAUACGGACAGAGCAGUGGUCUGGGAUAUGGCUACGGUUCUGGUGGCUACGCUAUCGGAUCUGGGAUUGGCCUUGGAUCUGGUCUCGGCUCUGGAAUAGCGCUGAGCUCCGGCUAUGGACUUGGCUCCAGCUAUGGACUUGGCUCCGGCUAUGGACUUGGCUCUGGCAUUGGACUGGGCUCCGGCAUUGGACUGGGCUCUGGCAUUGGACUGGGCUCUGGUAUUGCUCUCGCCGCUUCGGCUCCGUCAGUCCAGACUGUGACGCAGACCGUAGCUGUUCCAGUGCCCCAGCCGGUACCUGUGACCAUCAACAGGCCCGUGCCCGUACCUGUAGCACAGCCCAUCCCAGUGUCGGUACCCAGGCCUUACCCCGUCAGUGUCCCUCAUCCCGUACCUGUCUCUGUGCCCAGGCCGUACCCUGUGAGUGUGCCCAGGCCAGUAGCUGUGCCUGUGCCUCAGGCCGUGCCUGUGCCAGUCCCUCAGCCCUACCCCGUCAGCGUGCCUCAGCCGGUCCCUGUGCAAGUGCCUCAGCCCGUGGCUGUGCCAGUGCCUCAGCCCGUCACCGUCACUAGGCCAGUGAUAGUCGCUUCCUCUGGCUUGGGAGCCGGUCUUGGAGGACGCAUCAGCAGCAUUGGUCUCUCCGGAGGCAGUUUGGGAGGCAUCGGCUAUGGCAGUGGCCUUGGAGGCGGUCUGGGCUAUGGUUAUGGACUUGGAGGAGGCAUCAGCAGCAUCGGUCUUGGAGGAAGCAGUCUGGGAGGCAUCGGGAUUGGUUCUAAAUAUGGAUAUGGGUCUGGUUACGGAUCCAGUUAUGGAUCCAGUUAUGGGUAUGGCUCAAGUUUGGGGUAUGGAAACGGUUAUGGAUACAGCUCCAGUUUGGGUAAAGGAUGGUAACGUUAAAUGAUUUUAUGCUCGUAAACGUUAUGUUUGAUUGAAAUAAAAGUUCCUGUUUCAAACGAAAGAAAUACCAUCAUCAAAAUCAUCAUUCACCGCAAAUAUUAGUCAAUAGUCUUGGUCAUCUAUCAUGCAAUAAAUUUUGUUAUAAUGCACAAGCGAAGAAUAUUUUCUUUCAUAUUUUUAAAAUAAAAUGUUUUGUGUUUAUGUUGUUUGUUUCUGUUAUUUUGUUGCAGUUGUAUUUUAGUGCAGUUGUGCAGAAUAAAUUUUACAAAAAAAAAUUAUGUUCGUGUUUCAUUAAAAAUAGCACCAUUUGAAA